UCACGUGGCAGUUUUUCCAUUACACAAUUUACAGUGUUUGUGUAGGCAGUUCUUUUCUGAGGAUCAUGACUAAGAACAGUAACAUAAGAGGAAGUACAAUCAAUUGCAGAAGAUUGCCAAAAGCAGAAAAUGGCUGCUAAGCGUCACAUGUGUCUGAUGAUUCUCUUCUUAUUUCUAACAGGUACCAGUGCAGCAGAAGACACUCAUGUGUUCUUCAGUUCUGGUGAAAAUGUCCGUCUGCCCUGUAAUAAUGCUCUUUCUGGCUGCACAUCAACUACAUGGAACUACAACAGACAUUCAAAAACGGUUGAACUGGUUGCUGGAGGGUCACUGAAGACAGACAUAGAGAGACGUGAGAGACUGAGUCUGGGAUCUGACUGCUCUCUGAACAUCAAGAAAGCCACAAAAGAAGAUUAUGGAUCUUACAUCUGCCAACAAUAUGUGAAUGAACAACAAUAUGGACCUGAUGCACGUGUUUAUCUGCAGGCUCUUGAUGUCUCUUCAUCACUCUCUCAGACUGAGAUCAGAGCAGGCAGAUCUGUGACUCUCUACUGUCAGCUGGAUCUUUAUGCAUCCACUUGUGGUGAUUUGGUAAAUUAUGAAGGAUAUCAGCUGAUGUGGGUGAAUCAGGCUGGUAAGAAUCUGAUGACAGACUCCAGAUAUCAGAUAUCGGAUGUCUUCUCAAGUCGCUGUAUGAUAACGCUGACAACAACACUCUUAAAGGAAGAUCACAACAGAGAAUGGAGAUGUCAGCUUACUCAGAGAAAUCAACUAAAGACCUCAGCCUCAUUCACUGUCAAGUACUCAGGUCAAACUGAGGCAAAGACACAAACUCCAGUCGGCAACUCAGAGACCACUGAAAAUACACCAGUAACUUCUUCACAACCAGUAGCAUCAACUACAACAACAGCAGCACUGAUUCCAAUUGCUACAACAAACUCUGUGAUGACAAGUAGUCAAGUACCAAGACCGCUAGAUGAUAAAGGCAUGUGUCCCAUAUAUUUUUGCAAACUCUCCUUCAUAUAGGACAUAUAUCACUUUCCUGAUAUAUGACCUAUUACACGAUUCAAAAAGUUGUGAUUUGUGUAGAUCAAUGGGUACAUCCAUUGAUUUACUGUAGCACUGCACAAUUAUGGACUCAAUUUUAUUAAACACACAUUCUUAAAAGUUAAACAUUUAGAAAGUGUAAAUUAUGUUCCAUAGCAUUUACAAAAAUCAAAAAAGUACAUUUUGUGAACUGAAGAUAGAAAAAAGUGAAUGAAAAGUCCACAAAAUGCAUUUCUAUAAACCUUCAUUUUGAUUGGUAAUGCCAGUCACUACAUUAAUUUUAUUUUAUGUCAGCUGGAUUGUGCUUAACUUUAUAGAGCCCCUAUUAUACAUUAAAA